GGGACGUCGACAUCGAUGGGACGUAGGCGCGGCAAACGUUGACAUCGCAUUUUCACCUGAAGCGCAACGUUCCUAUUGCCUAGGCUGUUUUACAUUGGGAUUUUGAGUUUACGCACCGUCUGUAUAGCAACCGUCUGCAAAUCCAUCAGUUCACUCUACACCUGGCCAAACGUCUACUAACUUUUUUAUAUUGCCACUGCAGAGAGGCUGUAUAUGAAACUGAUCAACCGGACUCUGGACCAGCGAGGAAGAUAAAUCUUUCUCUGCCGCGCCAACUGACCAAUUUUUUGCAAGGAGGACGGAGAAAGUAGCGGAGAGGUUUUGAAACCAAGCAAGAUGGAUAAUGGUUUGUGUAUGGUAAACGACGACUCGAACUUUGACCACAGAGAUGUGGGUGUCUGUAAGAAAGGAUGCAGACUUCUCUUGCAGACAGACAUCGCCCAGGGAGACCAUUGCUGUUUAGAUGCGCUUCGCAUGCUGAACGAUGCGCUCCAGGAACGGAGCGUUACCUUGGAGCAUGAAGCCCGGAUGCAGCGGCUCAGGUGGGUCAGGAGAGAGCAGUCGCUACUGGCCCAGGUGUCAUCCCUCCAAAGCGAGGCGCAGCUGACUGCUCUGAGGUACCAGCGAAAGUUGCACCAAUACAUGCUGAACAUCAACAACAUAGCCAAACAGGUUAUUGGAUAUUACAAGAGUGACUCGGGAGCUUCUGGAGUCUGCCUGUCCCAGCUAUCUGAACAAGGUCCAACUGAUGCACUGGACGGACUACAGGACCAGGAGGAGCAUGGCCUGGUACCAGAGACGAGUGACCCUGAUGUCAGGUACUCUGAGGCCGAGCGCCCUCCGCCCAAUGACUGGAGCAACCACACCAUUAUACCACUCGCUCGAACAGCAAGGGAGACCUGUGCGCUCUUCACACCGUAA